AUGUUGGACUUGAGGACUGGCAAUAUUGAGGAGUGUAGAACGGUGGAGUUUAGCGAGGAUUGGACUGUGGAAUUCAGUUACGUGGAGAAGUUCCUGCUCAAUCGGAAAUCGAGUAUCAAUUAUAAGCUCCCGUUCAAAAUUUCUUAUGUUCGCCUGGAUAGUUUGACAUCGCCGACUUCUGCUGUGACUCUCGGAGCGCCAACUAGUGAUGAUCAUCGUGAUAAACGACAUUGUCGUCAGAAAUUGAGAGAACUCCGCACAAGUAGCGUAGCCGAUACUCCAACCACUGUAGGUGUGGCAGCGUUGGCUAUUGUACCUUCGAGUGGCGUGUUGAGUGCGAAUCCGAUGAGAUCAGCAGAGGCUGAGGCUCAAUUGUCGCGAGCGCGCGGGCUACGCGAAUGA